GACCCAGGUGCCCUGGCUUCUACUGGCUCUGUCAGUGGCCUGCUGGGGCAAGAACAAUUAUCUUCAGGACUGGAGAAGAGCAGAUAUAGCCCCUAUCUUUAAAAAGGGGAACAAAGAGGCCCUGGAGGUUAUAGACCAGUCACCCUAAGGUUGAUACCUGGAGAGAGACUGGAACAAAUGAUGAAACAGUCAACUUGGCACCCGGCGCUGGCCCCCCCGCCAUGGAGUUCCCGGAUCUGGGCGCGCACUGCUCCGAGCCGACCUGCAAGCGCCUGGACUUUCUCCCUCUGAAGUGCGACGCGUGCGAACAGAUAUUCUGUACUGACCACAUCACCUACACUCAGCACCAGUGCACCUCUGCCUACAAGAAGGACGUGCAGGUCCCCGUGUGCCCUCUCUGCAACAUCCCCAUCCCUGUCAGAAAGGGGGAGAUGCCUGAUGCGGUGGUGGGGGAGCACAUCGACCGAGACUGCAAAUCUGACCCCGCCCAGCGCAAGCGCAAGAUUUUCACCAAUAAGUGUCUGAAGCCCGGCUGCAAGCAGAGGGAGAUGAUGAAGGUGAUCUGUGACCAGUGCCACGGGAACUUCUGCCUCAAGCACCGGCACCCCCUGGAUCAUGACUGCAAUGGGGUGGGGCGCCCCCUCUCCAGAGCCGGACAUGCUGCAGUCGCGAGAGCCCAAGCCACCUCCUCUGUGGCAGCCGGGACAUCGAGUAGAGGAGCUUCCAGACCGGUGACCCGGCCGGCAGCCGGCCCCCUUGCUCCAGCCUCAAGCAGAGGCAGUGUGAUGGUGGCACUGCCACCCAGCAGCACCUUGUCCCCGGCCGUUGCGCUGCAGAAUGGACUGAGUGAAGACGAGGCACUGCAGCAAGCCCUGGAGAUGUCCCUGGCAGAAUCGGCACCCGGCUCGGCACGGGCACUCAGCAGCCUGCAGGAGGAGGAGGACCUGGCCCUGGCGCGGGCGCUAGCCGCGAGCGAGGAGGAGCACCGGCGGCGGCAGCAGGUGCAGGCCCAGAGCCGGAGUUCAAGGCCAUCGGACUGCAGCAUGUUCUAGGCUGGGAGCUCCACUAUGCCUAGGGCCUGCCCGCAGCACUGGGUACCAUCGCCCAGCUCUGCCAGGCAGGCCCUGUCCGAGUGCCACCUGCAGAGGGCCAGCAGGGGCUUCUCCUGCCUCUUCCACAGCUAGAAACAAUCAACCCAACGCUGGCUGUGCCUGCUCCCUGUAGGAUAGACCGUCGCUGAACAGCGAGCUACCGCCGUCACUUUGAGCUGCACUGGGCUGCCUCAGGCCACUGCCGGUUCCCACACACCAGAGCCAGCUGCAGCCGCGGGUGUGAGGUGCGCCCUGCAGCUGCCGUGGGCAUUGUGCCUCAGUCCCUCACACACCUGCCACAGUGUCAAGAGUGGGGUGAAGUGGGGGGACUUCUGGCCUGGAGGUGGAGCAUUACCCCUGGGGUGUCUCGACCCCAAUACCUGCGCUCUGAUCCAGGCUGGGUCAUGUCGGCCCCCUGCCCCACACAUUACAAAGGGGCCAGGGCAGCCCCUAGCUCAGGGCUGCCCUGCACCGCAUGGGAGGGGCUGCUGGAUGUUUUAAGGGACCUGGCUGCUCUGCACUCUUCUCACUUCCCGCCCGAGGCUGCCUGGGCCAGAAUUGACCCCCACCUCUUCCCCCUCCCCAGGUGCGCCAUGGAGGAGGGGUGGUCAUAGCUGGGUAACACUAAUUUCCCCCUCAGUGGGGACUCAGCCCUGUCCCUGUGGGUCCUGCAGCUGCGCUCACUGUGCUGGCCACGCUAUGUAGCAGAGUCCCCUGCCCUGCAAGACCUGGCACCUUCCCUGCAUUGACAGCCCCUGUGAGUGACUCCCUGCUGUCCUACAGGCAGGGCCCAGCUCUGGGGCCAGGCCAGCCUUUCUCAGCCCCUCUCCUUAACGCCUCAGAUGCUGGAUGUGGGGGAGGAAGCCAGGAAAAGCAGCUGCCCUAUUUCCCAUGGGAACACGGCCUCUCCAGGCCAUGAUCAUGGACUGCCCCAAUGCCACUGCUAAGAGCCGCCCCCUCCCCCCCCAACCCAGCCCUUGCCUUAGGACAUCACCUGACCUUGAAGUGGAGCCCUGGUGGAGCAUCUCCCCUGGCGAUAGGGACCAGGCCUCUAGAGUCUUCCCCAGAGCAGCCCCUUCUAGUCCUGCUGACUGCAGGGCUGGGGCCGGCCUGGCAUGAGGCCAAGGCCCUGCCAGCAGGCUGCUGGAGGGGGGGGCUCUCCUCAGCUCAGGCCUUUUGCCAGGCUUUGCUGCCUGAAGUGCUCAGUGCAGACACUUGGACAUGCUGGAAGCUGCUCCCCUCCAGCUCUGUGUGCACAGGGCUUUGGGCGCCGCUGGGCCUUGCUGCAGCCAUGGCCAUGUGUGCUGUACGGGGUACCAGCUGCACCCUCUGCGGCCGGGCGUCUCGCCCUGAGCUUGUGGCUGGGCCGGCUGCGGCACUCAGGAGCAGGGGUGGCGAAAGGUUGCUCUCUGCAGGGCUGGAGCUGUCUGGCUGCUAAGUGCUGCCUGGAGGGAAAUAAAGUCCUACCCAAAA